ACUUUGUUUUGUUAAUUGUUUAAUAGCAAGAUGAAUAAUGUAAUUAUUUUUAUAUUAUAUGUUGUUUUCGCUUUCAGUAGUAUCAGUGUGGAUGUAAGAGCAACAAGAGACGGCUAGGACAAUGUCUGAAGAUACAGCUGAAGGUGAGGGGCAGCUGUUUGGAGAGAGCUCAGUUGAUUCCAUGCCUGCCACAGAGUCUGUGGGAGGCUCAUAUGAAGAGGGAAAACAGAUUCAAGGGUCUGUGUCAGAAAACAGGAAGGAGACUACUGUUGGAGAAGACUUUCAAACCGAUAGUGUGCAAGGUGAUGACGUUGAGUUCCUUAGUCAGAGAGAAACUUCCGAGGGGGUUUCUGAUGAUGUUGGAAGAGAUGAAACUGUGGAUGGAGUUCAGUGUGAUAGCAGUGAUGUGAGAAGCACCAUCACAAAGGAUGAUGCUAAUCAUGAUCAGCUUGAUGAUGAUUUAAGUCAGUCGGUGACGAGCAAGGGAGCUGAGGCGCUGCCGGUUGGGACAGAAAGUGGGGAAUGUAUGGAAGGAAGUGCAGUGGAUCCACCACCACCUGAGGCUGAUAAAGAUGAAGCUGCUACUUCAGAUGCUCAUACACAGAAGGAAGGAAAGAAGAAGAAAAAAGAUAAACAAGCAGUCAUUGACAAUGAUGAGGAAGUAAAUGUUGGCGAUUUAUCCCAACUGACAGAAGAUUCUCGCAACAUUCUGUUUGGCCGUGCCCUAGUGUACGAACGUGACAGCAAGAAGAACUGUGCCCUAAAGUGUUACCUGGCCUGCCUGUCCCACCUCACACCUGAGUCCAACUUCGUUCUCCUGCCUCAGUGUCUCAGAAAUAUUGCUGAUCUUUACUACAGAAAAGAAGAAUAUGAAAAAGCAAUUUUGUUUAUCCAAGCAGAGAAGCUCUUCUAUGAAAAUGCCUUGGUUGAUACAAAUGAAAUACAACAAAAAAUAGAGUCACUGCGUCAAGGGGCAGGCACCUCGGAUUCAUCCAGGUCUAAUGAGGAUGCUAAGAUAGCCGCUGACUCACUUCGAGCAGAUGAAUAUGAACAUCUGGCCAAACUCUGCGUUGAUAAGGGACAGCCCCAACUGGCCCUUGAGUAUGCUGGAAAGGCCACAAAGCUGAGGCAGAAGAUCUAUGGAAAUGACAAUCCCAUCACCAAGGAGAGCCUGGACUUCUUUGCCACAUUAUAUGCUGAGGUCGGCAAGCAGCAGUACUCAGACUCCAUAACACAACUGAAUGAUGGUGAUGGAAGUGAUGGGGCUUCUGUAAGUCCAGCUGUCACCCCAUCAAUGGAGCGCUCUCCAUCCUCGAUACUACGCCAGAGGAGGGCAGGAGAUGACAAAGAGAAAAAGCAGGUUCGGUUUCAGGAGCCUGAGGGAGGGUCAUCUAGCCCAGGGUCAGACAGCACCAGGGAGCAAGAAGAGUUCAUCUCCCAUACUCUGCUGUGGGUGCUGUUUGCCAUCUGCUUCCUGUUGCUGUGCAUCCUGGGACUGUGGCUCCUGUGUUCCAUGUCGGACAGCUUGGCCUGUCAGUGGGUGAAGGGAGAGCUGCACUAUUUUUACAUGCGUGUCAAGUACUACUACUACCAGUAUGCCUCAACCAAGAAGGUCAAAUACGCUUGACUUCAUCAUGUUGGGAUGAUUAGCGAUGAGUGGUGAAUCAAAAUAUUUUCAGGUCGGGAUACUUCUCACAAUUUCUGAACUAUCUGAAUGGACAUAUAACAUGUCCGAAAUGGCUCCUGAUCAUAAUUUUACAACUAAUACAACUUGAUUAGAUGCUAUUUUAAUAAAACGUGAUCGGUGACAAUUGUAUUGAUGACAAAGAUGUUUUGCAUUUGGUUAGCAGGCCGGCAUAUAUUUCCUCGUGUUCAGUUGGUUGUCAGAUUAUUAGCAGCAAGUGUUUUUGUCACGUAUCGUAUAUAUAUAAAUAUUAUAUUGGAAAUAUUUAUUGUAUUCUGCAAACUUUAGUAAGCUGAAUACAAAAUUUUGAUAUUCCUAAUAUAUGAUACAUAUAUGAUACAGAAACGUGUGUUUGACAUUAACAUUAUAUUACACUAUUUGUGAUUUACCCAUACAGUCCCAUAUCUGUCAUUUUUUAUUUGUGUCAGGUAUAUACCUGUAUGUCAAGUCAUCCAUGCUUUGUUUCUGGAAAGCAACUCAUUUUGUUGAGCAUAUCUUAUAUUUCCUGAAACAAAUAUUUAUUUUAUCUUUGUCAUAAGCAUCCAAAGAUAUGAGUGUUUAAUUAAUUUAUAUCUUGCUGAAAAUGUAUGUCUGACCAUUUAAAAUGUGUUCUGUUUAGUCAGUCACAAUGUUUUGUAAGCAAUAAGUUGCUUCUAUUCAGCAGAACAGAUCUUACAUUUCCUUGUAUUAUGUUGUAAGGUUGACCUUUGACAAGAAAUAGACAAGUUGCAGGUAGUCAUUCAUUUUGUUUCGCUUGUAUGCUAGUGGAUGAAAUCUUUAAGGACAAACACUGUAUACUUGAUUUCUUUAUAACUGUUACCAUGGUUACAUAUCCCUUUACAAUCUGUAUGGCAGUAGGGUAGCCUAGUGGUUAAAGUGUUUGCUUGUUGCGCUGAAGACCCAGGUUUCAUUCCCCACAUGGGUACAACGGGUGAAGCCCAUUUCUCGCGUCCCCGCCAUGAUGUUGCUGGAAUAUUGCAAAAAGCGACGCAAAGUCAUACUCAAUUACUGACUACAAUCUGUAAAAAGUAACCAGGAGAAGGCUGUGAAAGUCUGAAUGGUCAUAUCAAAGGUCUGUCCAAAACAUCUAUAGGCUGGUGAUCUGCAAUCAUGAUUUAAUUUGAUGUACUAUUGUAUCAGGGUAUUAGUGUGGCAUAUACUUAAUAAAAGUUUUAAAAAGAGCCCCUAUAAACUUGGUAAAGAAGGGGCUUCCUUUUAUGUUUGGAGCAAUUUGCCCUUUGCAGUUGAAACUUCUAUUGCAAUACUGCUGCAGUAGUUUCAUCAGUUGUAGGUUUACUUGCAUCUUUGCAUAAGGUCUUUGUGAUUUGACUGAAUGUGCUUGUUGCGUUACAUAGAGUAUCUUGACAUGGAUCAAGAUAUGUAUUAUAGUGUCACCUUGCUGAGUCUUAGGGACAAUGAGGAUUGCUGCAGGAUGUAAACCCAGUGACAUCUAACAUUUAACAUGGGGAGCCCUUCAAUAUCAUGAGCCCUUUAACCUUGAACACACUUCUUGUCAGCCAGUAAAUGGGCACUAGAGACGGACCAUGGUGUCAGGGUGGGUAAGAUCUCUGACUUUGUGUACUUGCUAAAAGCUGCCUUCAAAAAGCUGCUGUGGGUUCGAAUCCUGGAUGGCACAGAACCCGCAAAAAGUAUUAGAAUCUGUACCUUACUGGUAGAGCGUAAUCUGAAACGUUACAUUUUACCACAUUCUAAAUGGCAGUGUGUAUUCAAAUGGUCUUUUGUCAGUUUGCUUAUUCUGUCAUAGUGAUGACUGAAGAAAGUGGGUCAAAGAAUAUUUAUCAUUCCUCUACCAAGAUUAAAAUUGUCACCUGCAAUCGUUUCCUUUGAAUUCUUCCAACAGUGUUCCAUAAAAGCAUCAUUGAUAGUUAACAGUCACAGACAUGGGCUGUUAUUCACUGAAUUUCACCAAGCUAUU